CUCCUCAACCCUCUCCUUAAUGUGCUACUAAACCCUGGACCCUGCAUUCACUAUAUCUGGUCUCCCACAGACUCUGCAUUCACUAUAUCUGGUCUCCCACAGUACACACAACAUGGAAGUACAAUUAUUUUAGUAAAUAAAAACUGCUAAAUACCUUUGCUCAUCAGCAGUUAGAGCAGUAUUGUGACUUCUAUCAGUGUCCAGCAGAGCACUGGUUAAAACUUGGAGGAGGAGUUUUAAUUUUCCUCCA